CUUUUUUACUAUCAAACUACUACAUUAUCUCUUAUGUGUGAAUUUAUUCUUUUUUUUUAACUGACCACUUGGUCCAGUGUAGUCGCCUUUAUGUAGAUGGCUAGCUCUGCUGUCAAGGGCUAUUCACCCCAGAUAACUAGGAGAAUAUGUCUUCUGUGCAAUAAAUAGCAAUCUAUACCAGUGAUUCAGUUUGUUUACGUUGUUAUAUUCCCUCAUUUUCUUUCAAAGCAGGCUGUGUUUAUUUUUUUUAUGGAGAAAGAUCGAAUAGAAAUAAUAUAAAUUAUUUGCAUUUUCUGUCCACCAGCCCUGCAGCGCCUGAAAUGAACAAGCUGCGUCAGAGCCUGCGGCGGAAAAAGCAAACGUAUGUCCCGGAGGCUAGUCGACCCCACCAGUGGGGGGCAGAUGAAGAGUCUGUGAGGAGGGGGAAAUGCAGCUUCCCUGUGCGGGUGAGUAAAGAUAUGAGAAGAUAACCGUACAGAAGCCAUUAAACGUCCCUUUUUUUCCAGUGCAGAGACAGACUCCUCGCUGCACUUCUCUUACAGACAUGGCGCAUGCGCAACACUGAUUGAGCCAACCAUUGGACUCAAACAGCAUCCGGCAUAUGUUGACACUGGAUGUCAAAUUGAUUCAAUCAUUGAAUCUAUUUCUGUCUGAAGCCCCUAGUGGCUGUCUGUGUGAAUGACAUCCACUUGUAGAUAUAUAAAUUAUAGAAUGUAAACGGAACUGUUCAUUAAAAACUAGGCAAUGCAUCCUUUAAAGGGAUCUUGUAGUGCCAGAAAAACAAACCGUUUUCCUGGCACUAUAGGCUCUUGGAGAGCCCCCCCUCGCUUGGACCCCCCUCCCUUGGCGCUGAAGGGGUUAAAACCCUUCAGCCACUUACCUUAACCAAGCGCCGGGCUCCCUCAGCGCUGGUGACCUCUCCUCCCCUUCCGACGUCAGCUCCGCAUGCGCGGCAAGAGCCUGGUGCGCAUUCAUACUGCCCAUAGGAAAGCAUUACUCAAUGCUUUCCUAUGGACGUCCAGCGUCAUCUCAGUGUGAUUUUCACAGUGAGAAUUGUAGAAGCGACUCUAGUGGCUGUCAGGGAGAGAGCCACUAGAGGCUGGAUUAACCCUCAGUGUAAACAUAGCAGUUUCUCUGCUGCAGGGUUAAAACUAGAGGGACCUGGCACCCAGACCAUUCCAUUGAGCUGAAGUGGUCUGGGGGCCUAUAGUGGUCCUUUAAUCACCACCAGUAGACCUCUGCUCCCAAAAUUCCAUUAAUCAAGGUGGAACAAGAAUAUUUCCUGCAAAUUCCAAAUGAUGGCACAGAAUGUUUUCAAUUUUUAUGACACUUGAAAUUAAAAAAGGCUGGGCGGCAUUGAUAAUGCUACAGCAACCAAUCCCAAAUAACAAAAUGUAAAUAAGAAACUCACAUCUGAAGUUGCUGUAUCUGCAAUAAACUCCCAGGAUUUGUAAUUACAGACCUGAACAGCCAAUCAGAAUGCUUGAAUUCCUUUCUAUGGACUUUUCAAAGUGCCGAUUCUAUCUUAUAAAUCACUGCGCAGCAAGGCUUCGUGGGUAAAGCGGGGGCUUCAGAGAGUUGUAGUCCGAUUCUCAGAUUUUAUUUAUGAAUGUUAUGACAUGAACAGUAUCACUGGAGAAACACUGCUGACUGGAGGGACAGAAAGGGAUGUCACAUACCAAUUGCAGUAACCGAGUGUUUCACAGUGACCGAGGACGUAACCCGGGUGUUAGCCAACAUUUGGGUUUUGUAGUUGAUGUGACCCGUCCAAACAGCAUAAUGUAAAACACAUUGGAACAAACUCCGAUUUAAAACAAACUGUCUUGAUUUUCCAACCAGCCGUGUAAAAUCCUCUAAAAGUGAAGAUUAUAGAAUACGUUAUAUUAGUUCUUCUAAAUUGGAUAAAUCACACGCAGAUGGAAAUUAAAUUAACAUUUUAAUUAAAUUCAGAAUACAUCUGCUACAAUUAUUUAACAAUUAUACCAACAUUAUAAUAUAUCUUAAAUUUCAAAAGAAGCUAAAUAUUGAAACUUUUAAAGGAACACUCUGGGCACCAUAACAAUGUCACUCCACUGCCCAUUAAAAAGAUUGUUUAGUAGAUAUAAUGAACAUUUAAUUAUGCAUUCUCUCAUGGAAGGUAUAUCUCAAAACAGCUUGUAAAAGCUGUACAUCUCUUGUCUGAAGCCUUUACAAGCCCUCCCCUUCUAACCUCGCCCAGUCUUUCUGUGGCUGUCCAAUCACAGACUUCCCAAUGCAGCUCAAUGAGAAGUCUUUGCAAGGCAGGAGCUCUGGGCAAUUGCUGCCUCUUGAGUUCAAUGCAAAUAAUCUAACCAAAUUAAAGCAUUAAAGCAUGAAUUGUGCAAAAUUAACAAGGGAACCACAAUAGCUAUAUUCAGUAUUUAGCUAAUUUAUGGAGUUUCUCUCAUCUGUUUUUGGUUGUUUAAAACUCCGGCCUCAGCUUUCUGUAAUUCAUGGUUUAAUUAAUAGAACUUUGCUACGUCAUCCACUGCAGGGAACCUCACUGGUAAAACUGAAAUAAAACCGGAUCGACCCUUUGUAACAAACCCACCGAAAAUAUAACUGGGUGAUGUCCAGAGCAAAAUAGAGCUCUUCAUGACUACCUGGUCUAUUCGAUAGGGGAUUAUCCCCCCGGUGGGAUGUCUUCUCCUGCGGAGUCUGUUGUACAAUGUAUAAUAUACAGGAUAUCCUGUCCGCUUACCCCUCCUAUGGUCACACUUGUCUAUGUACCCAUGACCAACCCUCUGACUAUUGACCUAUUUUGUGUCUGCAGUACUUGGGUCACGUGGAGGUGGAGGAAUCGAGAGGCAUGCAUGUGUGUGAGGACGCCGUUAAAAAACUGAAAUUGGUGAGUUUCUCACAUCAAGCAAGUCAUGUGUAAUGGUUAUUAGCUCUGUUAUUACACUGUACGAUUAACUAGGAGCCAUUGGCUACAUUCGGUGAGUAAUACAUUGGGUAUUUUGUCCGUAGCUGUAUUUUGCAAUCUGUACUGCAGAUCAUAAUAAAAUCUGUUAUUUCCACAAUGUAAAACAUUAAAGGUGCUUGGAAUAAGUGAAUAUAGAAGAUACAUUGUGUUCUGCAGUAUUGGCGUGAUACGAUGGGGCCUUCUGUUCUUCCCAAUUUCUGAUAUAAGCUGUGCGAAUGGCUCCCCCUAUCUGUUACAGGCGUGCAUAGCAUGUGUGGUAGCUGUGACUAGGCUGCGUGGGCCUCCAUGUGAGAAUAGGAGAUAAGAUGAAAGGCCUGGUGCAGGCUCUUUGGAUAUUUGGAAGAAUUCAAGAUGUACAUCAAAGCUGUCACAUUCCCGUUCUGCUUGGCAGGGGGCUGAUGGCUUUCCUAAGCUGGCUUCACACUGAGAUUGCUUUUAAUUACAUACACAAUUGGUUUUAUUUACCUUCUUAUUCUUUGUUUAAUAAUGAGAACGAUGAUCAUUAACAUGCUUCUACCAGAACCUAUCAAUAGAGCGUGUAUUCAUACUAUAUGGGAUUUAUAUAGAACACAACAUAUCAGCUUAUAAUGGCAUAUUCAUUAUAUUUUAUUUAUUCUCUAAGAUAAUCUUUUACACAUCCCAAACAUUCUUCAAUUCCUUUACUGUAUUAGCCUUUACUGCUCCCACUGGAAGGCUAUUCCAGGUAUCUACAACCCUUUCUAUAUCACUGUUACCACUCCCACUGGAAGGCUAUUCCAGGUAUCUACUACCCUUUCUAUAUCACUGUUACUGCUCCCACUGGAAGGCUAUUCCAGGUAUCUACUACCCUUUCUAUAUCACUGUUACUGCUCCCACUGGAAGGCUAUUCCAGGUAUCUCCUACCAUUUCUAUAUCACUGUUACUGCACCCACUGGAAGGCUAUUCCAGGUAUCUACUACCCUUUCGGUAUCACUGUUACUGCUCCCACUGGAAGGCUAUUCCAGGUAUCUACUACCCUUUCUGUAUCACUGUUACCGCUCCCACUGGAAGGCUAUUGCAGGUCCCCACAUUUACAGACAGAUACACUCAUUGAAUGCAUGCUUACUUGCAGACCGUUGAUGAACAAGAUCGCACUAACUAAUUCUGGUUUAUUUUCUCGUUCUUUCUCCAGCUUGGCAAGAAGUCGGUAAAAGCCAUUCUGUGGGUUUCAGCGGAUGGGCUACGCGUUGUGGACGAUAAAACCAAGGUGAGCAGCGCAAGGUGAUGGGUGAUACAGUCAUAGAAAUGCACCGGCUGUGACCCCAAUGUGCCCUGUUAGUAGACUGAAAAAGAAAUAAAUAGGCAACAAAUGUAAUCAAAUACGGAAAAUGUUCAACUGAAACAGAGCUGGAAAUAAUACCUGACUCGGUUCACAAACAGCAAGGUUUAAAUACAAAUAGCUGGCAUAAAAUGUUUACUUACUGCAGCUUUAUGGUACCUACCCAGGCUACUCUAUUCCAGCAACACUAACCAUGCGGCAGUCUCUGCUAGAACCUUUCCCUGACCUCUGCUGUAUCCUCACCCUGGCCUCUGGCCUCUGGCCUCUGCUGGAUCCUCACUCUGACCUCUGCUGGAUCCUCACCCUGACCUCUGCUGGAUCCUCACCCUGACCUCUGCUCGAUCCUCACCCUGACCUCUGCUGGAUCCUCACCCUGACCUCUGCUGGAUCCUCACCCUGACCUUCACUGGAUCCUCACCCUGACCUUCACUGGAUCCUCACCCUGGCCUUCACUGGAUCCUCACCCUGGCCUCUGCUGGAUCCUCACCCUGACCUCUGAUGGAUCCUCAGCCUGGCCUCCGCUGGAUCUUCACCCUGGCCUUCACUGGAUCCUCACCCUGACCUCUGCUGGAUCCUCACCCUGUGCUCUGCUGGAAUCUCAUCCUGGCCUCCGCUGGAUCCUCACUCUGACCUCUGCUGGAUCCUCACCCUGACCUCUGCUGGAUCCUCAUCCUGGCCUCUGCUGGAAUCUCAUCCUGGCCUCCGCUGGAUCCUCACCCUGACCUCUGCUGGAUCCUCACCCUGACCUCUGCUGGAUCCUCACCCUGACCUCUGCUGGAUCCUCACCCUGACCUCUGCUGGAUCCUCACCCUGUGCUCUGCUGGAUCCUCAUCCUGGCCUCCGCUGGAUCCUCACCCUUGCCUCCGCUGGAACCUCACCCUGGUCCCUGCUCGAACCUCGUCCUGGCCUUUGUUUUGCAGGCAGGAAGCACAAGUUGGGCCGAACAUUAUCUAACAUUGCUGCUUUGCCGAUAGUUGCACAUAGUCCAAUUUAAUAAACCGUGAACUUGGCUAUGGGUUAUCCUAUGUGAGUAAAAUUGCAGAGUGACAGAGACUAGAGGCAUUUAGCCCUGCAACGUACAUAUUGCUGUCUGCAGAACAGCAAUCCUCUCCGCUCCAGGGAUAAAAUGGGGUGUCAUGGCACCCAAACCAUGUGACUGACAGGAAGUGGUCUGGGGGCCCAUAUUGUCUCUUUAGCUGCAUCAUAAUAACAUUCUCAUUCCAGAAUAAAUGUGGUACAUAAUUGUAUAUUUUAUUAAUAUUUGAUUUUAUGUAUUUUAUUCUCCAGAUUAUAAGUAAAAUCUCAAGUAACCAUCAUUGUAGAUACAUUCAUGUUUUAUUAGAAUUAAGUGUCUGUCUCAUCUACCUGUUGACGUUACAGAAUAUGUUUGCGCUAUAUAAAUUAUUGUAAUGGGAAAUACAAUAAAUGUAAAACUCUCUGCCCGCACACAGCAGUUGUGAAAUAUUGUGCUCUUACAACACUCCCAGCAUGCCGUGCAAGAUACGCAAAGGAGUGCAAGCCUUGCUGACACAAAAUGUUGUUUACAAUUUUAAUUCCUUCCAUCACAGCUAGAUUUCUAUGAGCCCAGGAGUAGGAUGAAUGUCACUUGUGUGUUACUAUAAGGUUGUAUGUACCUUUAAAUGGGUUACACAAGGUCUUUAAAUAGGCCAUGACAAUACUUUGUCAUUGUUCCCUGCGCGAGACGUUUAUUAGAAACAUCUGUUCGCCCUGUCGAUCUGCUUCCAAAUGAUAACUCUAAUUAUAUCUACCUUUAAUGGUUAUAGUUGAGCUGUUAACACGUGCCUGCACCUUUAAUCGGCAGCUGGAGGAUUGUUGUGGAUACAAAUCCCGAUACAGCUGGCGCAGUGAUGUAGUAGUUAAUAUUCUGGCGUGGGAGAGGCGAUCAGGAGGUCAUUUUAGUUCACCUCUUCGUGGUAAUGGCGUAAUGGAAUCCAUGCUGCUGCCCCUUGAGCACGAUUAAUAAUGAGCUAAUGCCACGCCUCGUACCCUGGGGCAGGAGUAUGUAGCAGCCAUGAUUCAUGACCAAGAAAAUUUAUACCAUCUAUCGACCAACGCCUCAGUAACAAUAACUGUGCGCCAGCUGGGCAGGAGCCAUUUUAUGAUACAAAUAGGAGAAUGCUGGAUUAAUGGCUUCCUGGGCCUGGAAAUUAAAAUAUAGGUCCCAAAAAACCUUGUGGGCCUAGCUAGGAAAUGUCGCUUUGUGUCUCUUAUGACCUGUGUGUGCCGCCAUUUAUAAUCCAACCUCCAUGUCCUUAAUUAAACAGGAAAUUCCAAGCAUAUAAAAUAAUUUUAAAAAUUUCAUAUAUAUAUAUAGUUUAUCGGUUUUAGAGCGUGUGACUCUACGUAUCGUUUUAAAUCAUGUGACGUGUGAAUAUGUUGUAGCGGAGCACUAGUUUCACAUAGACUUUCUCUGCUGGUAAUCCAAGAGUAACUCAGGAAUAAGAACAGCAUCAGAUAAAAUAAUCCAGGAAUAUCCCAUCACCUUUCCCAAUAACUGGACGACACACAGUAUCAGGAGCAGAACUGAUCUUUUAUUCCACAUACCCAACUUUUAUGCAUCUCUCCCAUGCAAGGGAGACACCCACAGAAAAUCAUACAGUGACCAAUCAUACACAAAUUACAACCCACACAUCUCCUCCCCUCAGCCUGGCAGAUAAUCCAAUUAUUCUGUACAUACUUUUCCCCGUUUUCUAGAUGUACCCCAAAUACAUAAGAUACACCCCUAAAUCUUACAUCCCCUGGUAGCCCUGAUCUGGGUGAACAACAUACUCAAAAAUCACCCAGAUCGGAUCAGGGGUUCAGGAAUUUCAUGGAAGUGUUAGUUUGACCAACCGCACACGAGGCAAUAGCCGAAAGUAGUUUCAUGUAUUCUGGCCUUGCGGUCGGUCUCUGUUCGUGGGGGUAAAAAGCAUGAAAAUACUAUACAGAAUGGUCUUGGCUUGGAUUCGUAUGAAUCCCCUCGUCCUUCUACCGACCGCCGGGUUGCUGGGAACGCCGUGGUCGAGUGUCCGAUUUGGGUUCCAGACACUUGACGACCAAACACCGCUCGGCGUUCGUAUGGCAAGAUGGCCACCGCCACGUGUUCGUAUGUCGAACGGUGCCCACCCAGGGAACACACAGUACAUUCAUAUAAUUGGCAAUUAGGCUGUGGUUAAUACCGAUGAGGGAGGUAAAUUAGAGAGACACCUCUCCGAGGUGUUCUGGUUGUUCGGUAGUUUGUUCGUAUGUCGAACGGAGAUAUUGUACUGAGUAUCCAUUGCGUUUUUACCGAACAACCAGAUGAAUGCUUCAUACAAUACAUUGUAUACAAGGGAUAAACGAUAGGGAAAUAACAUUGCAACAAGAAUAAUUAGGGGCAGCCCAAUGCAAUCCGCUACAUAUGUAUAUAGUUUUUAGAGCAUGUGACGUGUGACUAUAUAUAUAUAUAUAUAUAUAUAUAUAUAUAUAUAUAUUGUUUGUAGAGCAUGUGACAUGUUGCUGUUGAGCUCCCAUUUCUCAUAUUAAAUGGCCAUUUAUUCGACAGCUGCUUCUCAUAUUUUAUAAAUAAAAUGUAAUUGUGUUAUAUCUCUGUCCCAUGGUAUCAAGGUCUUUGUUAGAACCUGUAAUCUGUCAUACUGUCCAUAAAAUUCCCACAAUCCUCAUGUCUUAUUUCCUGUCCUCCUGCCUAGGACCUCAUUGUGGACCAGACCAUCGAGAAAGUGUCAUUCUGUGCGCCGGACCGUAACUUUGACAAGGCGUUCUCCUAUAUCUGCCGUGAUGGUACCACGCGGCGCUGGAUCUGUCAUUGCUUCAUGGCGUUGAAAGACUCUGUGAGUUUGGGGUUCAUUCACACAUGCACACAGUAUGCACUGUAUAAAACCAGGGGUCUUCGAAUCCCAGCACCAAGCUGUUGCCGAGCUCAUUCGUCAAUGUAUAACAUACCGAUCUGUAAGAGAACCAAUAAAUAGUGUCCUGUACCAGGAUAGGACACACAUUUCUCCUGCUAUAAAUCUCCAUUAGUAGCAUUUUUAAGCUAGUUUGUGCAGUUACUAUUUGUGCCACUGUUGUCGUUUUUGAAAUAUCCCUGUAGUUUAAGUUUGUUCUAGUAAUGGAUAAUCUUUGGUGGACCCUCUGCGAUGGCCUACAAUUUCAUAUUCCAUUAAUGCAUUGCUGAUUAUUUAGUACCAGGAACCAAAAUCUCGUACCCAAAAAUUUAGAGAAAAGACAGUCUUGAGAACGUAUAGUUGGGAACCUGUGCGUGUACAGAGAACCACCUGGAGAACCACUCUGAGCAAGUGGGAACACACACAAUUUGUCUUGUGAUCCGGAAAGUAAUGGAGUCCGAACUUUUGGCAGAAUUUGAAAAUUGUGUGAAUCUCAUGGUAUCCAGUUAUAUAUCCCUAGACUAAAUUCUAUCACCACGUUAAUUGCAUGAUUUUAUUUUACACCUAUCAAUACGUUGUAUUGGCUGAGUUGUGUUCCAUUGAAUGUUCAUUUAUGUGUUAGCGGUCAGAGAAUACAUCGAGUGAGGGGGACUGUAGACUUUUUAAAAAAAUCAUUCAAAGAAUAGGUCUAGUUAGAAGGAUUAGAGUUAAUCUUGUCUGUCAAACUUUGACCCUUAGAUUGUAAUAUUUGCUUUGUAUGUUAUGUUUUUACAAGCUUGCUUGUAAGCAGUGAGGUCAUAGUGAGAGCCAGGUAGACUUUGAUCUAAACGUUUCCUUACAAUGUACAAUCAACGAACACCCAUCAGGCCAUUGGUAUCACUGUAUUAUUUUAAAAACAUACUCCAUUAAAAUAAAUAAAUAAAAUUUAAAAAAUGCAAUUUAAUAGAAAUCGACCAAAGAAAAUCUGCAUGUAAUCUUGUAUUUAUCUUGUCUUGCAAUAGCUGCAGAUCUAUUGUCUGUAGCCUUGUCCCAUUGUUCCCCUGCCCAGACUUUCUGUGACUGUCCAAUCACAGACUCCCAGACGUCUUUUUAAGGCAGGUGCUCUGGACAGUUGCUGUCUGAGUUAACCAAACUAGGAAGUAACAGGACCGGUUGUCUGAUUGACAGCCAGGGGGGUGUAACCAGGUUAAUUUAGAAAAGUUUAAAAGAGGACACACUCUUCACACAUAAAGCAUUAUAGCAAGCUGAAUCCAGAGUGUCCCCUUAAGAGAAGGAAUAACUGCAACAUAUUUAGUGUUUAUAUCUAUAGGAAAACAUAACAUCACAUAUAAUGAGUCAACCGUGCUAAAAUAUAAAGGGUUACUAAUAGAUAACAAAUAAUAGAGAUGUAAGCAGUGAAUUAAAGAAACAUUACAGUUCCCCUUCCUGCUUCUUCUUUCAUGAAAAGUGUUAUUUUUUUUUUUAUUAUUUGAAAACCUUACGAUUGUGCUUCUAUGUUGUUCCGAGUUUCGCGCCUUUCGCAACUGCCUUCCUCUAUUUCCCUGUUGACUUUCUCUCUACCUCUGUUCGGCAGGGUGAACGUUUGAGCCACGCGGUGGGCUGUGCGUUUGCCGCUUGUCUGGAGCGUAAGCAGAAGCGGGAGAAAGAGUGCGGCGUCACUGCUUCCUUUGACGCCAGUCGUACCAGCUUUGCCCGUGAGGGUUCGUUUCGUGUCACUUCUGCAUCCCAGCAGGCUGAGCGUGAGGAGGUGAUGAAACAUCUUCAGGAUAAAAAGAAAGGUGAGUGGCGGAUUUAGUAAAUGGUGACUGGGGGGUGUACUACAGUCUGGAAUCUACCCUCCUAAUAGCCAAUCAUAGGCUUAGCCAUAACAAGCAAUUCUGGGGUAAAGUACUAACAUGGAGCAGUCACCUUGGAAACCAGUGGAAUAUCCCGUCACGUUGCUCCAAUUUUAGAACUUUUUCCCAGUAACACUUUAAUCCUAUCAGAAGCUGGACCUGAAAUAUUAUCAGUGUAUCAUAAUUUGUAAAAUAGAAAACUUUCUGUAACUAUUUUGGGGGAGCGACUUCUAAUAUAAUCCUGUUAACCCCUUACAGGUUUGAGCAUUGCAGGGGCCUUUUUAGCAUGUGAAGAGUUAGUUUCUAUUGUAUUGUAAAGUAAAAUAUACUGAUCUGUUACAGUUGAAGAAGUUCAGACUACGCCGGUAAAUACGCCAUCUGUAGCUGCGGUUCCUAGCCCCGUGUUACCCGCGCAGCCUGAGAACCAGUCACCCACGCAGUGUGCGAUGGUCCCGAGUGAAAAGGGGGAGGGUGGGGGACAGCACGCCAUCCCCCGCAGACACGCGCCCCUGGAACAGCUGGUGAGACAGGGCUCCUUCCGCGGAUUCCCUGCACUGAGCCAGAAGAACUCGCCCUUUAAACGGCAGCUCUCGCUCCGAUUAAAUGAGCUUCCAUCCACUUUACAGAGGAAGACAAAUUUCCAGGACAAGAACCAAGGUGAGCGGGGGAUUAUUAAACGAUUUAAUGCAAAUAAGGGGGUCCUGUGCUUAGAGAGGUAUGUGAUUGCGUCCAAAGCGUCAGGAGUGUGCAUUGUGUGUUCAUCGCUCUGUAUGGCACCCUUGUAGUGUCUUCCCACACCAAGUGGCUUAUAGUAGUGAAUGUCUAUUAGUGAGUUUGUAGUAGUGAAUUUAAAGUACUGAGUUUAUAAUAGUGAAUUUAUAGUAGUGAGUUUAUAGUAGUGAAUUCUAAAACUUUGGCAAAAAUAACUAAUUUCCUGCUCGACUACCUCAGGGAAUUAUUGUUAGAUUUUGCAGUUUGGAUUUUAGUUCACUAAAUAUUUCUCUGUUUCAUGAACAAACCCGGUUGUUUUACGGCUGCUAGCAUGGAAUCAUUAGAGACCGUUGAAGGUGAGAAUGAGUAAUAAGGCUCCGCCCCCUGUGAGACCAAAUGCUGCUUUGUGCAACGUAACCUCACUUUUGGGAAUAGCCAUUUGCAUAUAUGGCCAGGUAAUGAUACCCUAUAUGCAAAUAAAAAUAUUAAUUCUUCUGAUCUGUGGGGGUUGUGAUUAACGAUGGCACCCCAGAUAUGUCAACUUUCCAUCCCACAAUGGUCACUAAACCUCUUCUCCAAACACCUGCCCAUUGCAUAACAGAAAAUGUGGAUCCGUAAUAUCGGUGAUGUCUGAGUUCAUCGUCAUUAGCCUAUAGCCAAAUGGCUGGAACCCACUCACAUUCGGUUGUAAAGACGGACUCUUUAACUCUUUGCUGUGCUUCGUUAACCAUGCCAACGUGUAGGGUUAAAUGUUUCUUGACCAUUUUUAUCUUUCAGUCCCUGAAGCUGAUCCUUCGUUCCCACCGGACUCUGAUGGGAUCACGGAUCUGUGUAACCAAAUAAACAAUUCGUUCACCAACAGAGCUGCAGAAGACCCUUUCAUCAAUGGCAAUGGGACGCUGACCCCCACUACAGUACCCAGUCUCCCUCCCCCUCCUCAGGUCGCGCAAGGUAAAGACACACGUAGCUGGUUGACAAAUCUAUAUGAUAAAAAUCAUAGUUACAUAGUUACAUAGCUGAAAAGAGACUUGCGUCCAUCAAGUUCAGCCUUCCUCACAUAUGUUUUUGCUGUUGAUCCAAAAGAAGGCAAAACACCCAGUCUGAAGCGCUUCCAAUUUUGCAACAAACUAGGAAAAAAAUCCUUCUUGACCCCAAAAUAGCAGUCAGAUGUCUCCUUGGAUCAAGCAGCUAUUACCCCACUAAUUAGAAAUUAUAUCCCUGUAUGUUAUGUUUUUGCAAGUAUUUAUCCAAUUGCAGUUUAAACAUCUGUAAUGACUCUGACAAAACCACCUCUUCAGGCAGAGAAUUCCAUAUCCUUAUUGCUCUUACUGUAAAAAAACCUUUUCUUUGCCUUAGAUGAAAUCUCCUUUCUUCCAGCCUAAAUGUGUGACCUCGUGUCCUAUGUAUAGCCCUGUUUAUGAAUAGAUUUCCAGAUAAAGGUUUGUACUGGCCCCGAAUAUAUUUGUAUAAAGUUAUCAUAUCCCCUCUCAGGCGCCGUUUUUCCAAACUAAACAGAUUUCAUUUUUUUAACCUUUCUUCAUAACUAAAAUGCUCCAUUCCUUUUAUCAGUUUUGUAGCUUGUCUCUGGACUUUUUCUAGUGCCAUGAUAUCUUUCUUUAGAACAGGCGCCCAGAAUUGCACAGCAUAUUCAAGGUGUGGUUUUUGAUUGAUUUAUAAAGAGGCAAAAUUAUAUUUUCAUCACGAGGAUGAAUGCCCCUUUUUACAUAUGCCUUAUUUUCCUUAGGCACAGCAGAUUGACAUUGCAUAUUGCUGCCUAAUUUGUUGUCUAUAACAAUUCCCAAAUCCUUCUUGUGUGUGGUUAUCCCUAAUUCACUACCAUUUAGGGUGUAAGUUGCUUGUGCAAUCUUUACUCUGAAGUGCAUAACUUUGCAUUUCUCUAUGUUAAAUUUCAUCUGCCAUUUUAGUGCCCAGUCCCCCAAUCUAUCCAAAUCCCUCUGCAGCAAGGCAAUAUCCUGCUCACAUUUUAUAACUUUACCAAGUUUUGUCAUCUGCAAACACUGAAACAUGGUUUUUAAUGCCAUGUUAUCAUACUAUGAAUUCACAUUUCUUAAACUUUCAACCAUUCCAAACCCACACGUUCAUUAAAUGAACCUUUCCGCUAAUUCCAGCCUCAGGUUUUUAAAUGCCCUAACCCUUAUAUACGUACAUUUGUCCAAAUCUUCCAUCAAAAAGUGAUCCCCUCGGUAUACGUAUAAAGUUAUUUUUGGAUAUCUACCUUAACGCACAGACCUCCCGCCUCCCCCCUCGCAUUUCCUUUUUCAUUGUAAAUACUAAUUAUCAUUCUAUUUAUAUUUAAAUUGAAAAUAUAAAGCAUAUUAAUUGGCAUAUUAUUAGAUGAACCUGCUUGCACUAUUAAUGUGAAUAAUCUGCAUUGUAAGGCACUCUUUUGAUUUAGAAAAUAAUUGAACCUAAAAAUUGGCCAAAUGAGGGAAAUCUCACAGACUGAUAUUAAAUAUUACCUGUGCCUUGAAAUAGUCAGGACUUUUCCAAAAUCCCUUGUACGUCUGCAUUCCUAUUGCUGUACAUACACCCAACACCAGCAUUAAACCAAUUUGGAAUUAAAAAAAAAAAAAAUCCUUCCCCUGCUCCAUGAUUGGAUAAAAUAUUAAUAUUAUUGUGAUGCGAUGUGGUUAGUCCCGCCCUCGCACUGUGUAAUUGGCUGGUUCAGAUCCCAUGACGGAGCAUUGUGAUAAGUAUCGAUAUCGAGUUUCGUGGUUAGAAAACCAGUUACAAUGUUUCAAAAAGAUACACAAUGAUCUAGUUCUGGGCAAGCUGGGAAAUGUUACAAAAUAUUCUAUAAAUAAAAUGAAUAAAAGUGAGGAGUAAAGAAAGAGACCAGGUGUGUGGUGGGAAUUAUUAUGUUCCAAACAGAAGAGAAUAUUGGCAGGUGUUUACUUUCCAUUGCUUAGUUAAAUUAUAAUCAAUUAUGACUCAAGUAUUACACAAUCUGCUAACGGAAGAUCUUAUAUCGCCAUGGGAUAUCCGGUGUCUUACCAGUGGCAGCUCCAUGCAGACGCUAAUUCAGUGAAAUCACUUUUUUUUUAAUAGGAUUUAUUAUCCAUAAUUAUUAUGAUGGCACCAACUGGUAAAAUUGCCGUCACAAUCCACAUCGCUGCAUUGUGAUUGUUUUCUUUAUGUGCUCCCUACCCCCAUACAUUAUGUGGCCUCUGAGUCUGCUCGAUUUCUUGCAGGGAGUCCAGGAUGGGUUGACCAUGUGACAACCACAACAGCCCCUUCUAACUUCCAAAUGGGACAUCGCCGCACUCCAUCUGAGGCAGAGCGUUGGCUGGAAGAGGUGGCGAAGGCAGCUAAAGCCCAGCAGCAGCAACAGCCCCCACCCCAGCCUAUGGUUCCAGUGCCCAUGGCAGUUCCUGCUUCAAUGCCUGCAUAUCCAGUUACUUAUGAUCAUGCAUCUGCCCCGGUCGGCAUGUUUAUUACACCCCACAUGCAGCCUGCCUACGUACCUGUGGCUGGGUAUGCGCCAACUAUGGCAAACACCAUGCCAUACCCUGCUCCCAGCGUGCCUGUGGUGGGCAUCACUCCAUCCCAGAUGGUGGCUAAUGUAUUCUGCUCUGCUACUCAAGUACCAUCUUCCAACAUGGCCAACAAGUCCAACCCGUUUCCUCAGAGCAUUCUGCACUCCACCAAUGUCCAGAACCCUACCUCAUCACAGCCUUCACAGAUGGGACCAAAGCCAAAUGCCACUGCCAAUGGUACCACGUGGCCCCCAGACCCCAGCCAGCUGAGGCUGGCAUCCACAGCACAGGAGGUGGACCAGUUUGAAGCUCAAUGGGCGGCCUUGGAGUCCAAAUCUCAGCAAAGGUUGGCCAACCCCUUCUCUAACGAACUGCAAAAGACUUUCCAGAUAGAAUUGUAGCCAAGAAGUGACCAUCUUAACACAAACUGAUUUUCAGGAUCAGCUGCAAGAACAUACCUGACCAAUCAAAGUCAGCCAGUAGAAAUCUUUGUACGUGGAAACUCAACCUAUCUCUGUAUACAAGCGUGCCAGAUUGUGUCUUGUAGCCCAUGGUUUGGUGGUGGAUCCAGUCCAGAUGGAGACAUAACAUCAUCACAGAUCAUCUGUACUCAUGGAUGUAUAAUGUGUCAUUAUUUGCAUAACAUCUACCAAUACCAGUUACUGGGUACCCCAAAAGACUCUUCUAUAUGUUCCAUAAAUAGUUGGCUUGUGGUGGGUUGUGGAAAGCUCUAAAAGAAGUAUGAUUACUCAUGUUGGUUCAUUAUCUUGUGAAAUUUUUUGGAUGCUUGUCAGUAACCCUUCAAGUGGCAGUCAAAGGGUGUAAGAAAGAUUAGUAUGUGAAGAGGGAGCCUGGGGUAUGUGAUCUUUUUUGUGAGAUGGUGCAAGAAAGUGAUUGAGAAAUCAGUUGUGGAGAUGCAACGCUGUUCUAAUGUUUACACAUUGCAAAUCUUUUAAGGUAUUAUUUUAUACUUAAUACCUGGAUAUGUCCUUUAAAAUGACCUCUUCAAGAUGUCAGGUGAACAUGUUAAAUGACCAAUGUUUUAAAUACUGAUAUUAGAACGUAUAUUAAAUUUACAGAAUUGAAUUGGGCCCAGACCUUCAUAGAAGUAAAGAGAUGAAUCCAAAUUUCAGAAAACCACUUUAAAAAAACAAAACAGUGUAAUAUUUGUACUCCUCUCUUAAAUGGUUAUUCUGGAAUGUGUUCCUAAACAGUGAAUUUUAUUUAACUGACAGUCAGAUUGUAAAAUGUGGAAGAGAUUGUAAUUCAUGUGCAAGAACAGAUGACCGGAAGACAUUUUUUUUUAGAUAUGGGAUUUGAGCCCAAAUUAAAUAUCUAAAAAAAAAAAAAAAUUAAAAUAAUGUUUGUUGUUCAGGCUUUGGCUGAAUUCACUAGAGGUCAAUAUUAUAUUUGGCAUGUUAUAUCUAACAUAUUUUGUGCAAUAGUUUUACAUAAAGUCUUGAAAUGCUUAAAAUGUAUUUAAAAAUAAAAAAAAACUAACAAAUUAUUUUUUUUAAAUAAAUCUGUAUUUAGCAUUAUGAGAAGUAAAACACACCAUUUACCAAUGAAUUGAAAGCGAUAUGAUUUAUUUUGUAGGAAUAUGAAAUAAUUCAGAAAAGGGAGAUUUUGGAUUUAGGAGGACAUAGCUCACUAUAAUAGAAAUAAAAUAGAAUAUUAUAAAUAUAAAAUGCAUAUAUUAUUUAAUGUUAAACAAAAGCAGAUUGAUCUAAAACUGGAAUACCAAUUUCUACUGUAGAAAAUUUUCAAAUGGAGGCAAAUUACAAAUAUAUCUCAAUUUUUAAAAAAUGUUUUAAAGAUUUUUAUUGUUUAAAUUUCCUUUUUUUUAAGAUAGAAAAUGCAUUGCACAAGGUUGGUGUGUUUUGGGUUUUCUGAAUGUAAGUUAUUAAUAUUCUUCUCUUAUAACCCACAGUUUUUUUAUUAUGUUGUUUCCCCCACCCCCACCCUUUUUUUUUAGAUAUAUUUGUCAUAUUAGAAAAUAAUGAAAUUCCUCUUUGAAUAUAAAGCAGAAAUUUGAAGACAUACUUACUGUAACUGUCUUUUCCUGGCUGUGUUAUACAACAGCAUCAUUCCUGUUUCUCAGGCCAGGGAGGAGCUAUCCAUAAGUGAUGCCGCCAUGAUAGCCAGGAAAUAUAGUUUUGAUUGCCAUAUUUUUGUUUAUUUUUUUAAGACGGUAUUCUGCUAGAGAAUUGAGAGUUAGUGUUUAUAAAAUUUGUUAUAAUGCGUUGAUAAUGCUAAUGACCUCUCGUGGAUUUACUCUUUUGCCUGAGACUGCAAAGCAUUAUAUCGAAAAAUAAAGUCUAUCCUUUAAAAGUAAAAUAUAUGUGUGUGGAACCUACACAGAAGGAGGCGCGUUCUAAAUGAAUUCUUAACUCUGGCGCAAAGCCGCGAUUUACUGCACUGUACCCUCGUAGCACACAGACGCCACAUCUGAAAGACUUCCUGAUUUCUGCAUGUUGGAUAAAGUAUGUGUCUGUAAUGUUUUUGGGGAAAGAGGAACACUAUACUUGAUUUAAAUAUAUUGUGCCAAAUUCUCUCAUGGCUGCAUAGAUGCACCAAUAUCAACCUCCAAGCCAACUUAAUACAUGUUCAAUGCAACAAAAUUUGUAACAUAAACUCCCGCAAACUUGCUUUACUUCAAACAUCUCAGAAGAUUAUCUUUAGACUUUGUGUUUUUUCUUUUUUGUUAUAUUUUUUUUUUUAUAAUUUAAAUUAAAUGCCAAAUAUAUACUAUAUUUAAUAUAUAUAUUUUUUUGUAGUCCUGUGUCUUUUUAAGAUAUAAAAUGACCAAAUAACAAGAUUCAGUUUAAAAUGUGAGGUUUUAACCCUUUAAUAUCAUCCAAGUUUAAAUAGAGUUGAUGUGAUGUCAAUCAAAGCGCCAGAUUGGGAAAGUGCGUAAUAACAGAUUUAAACCUUGACCCUAAGCCAGAAAAUAAAAACUAGCUGCAUAGACGUUUUCUCACCUAGAAAUGUGUAUCUGCUCGAUCAGGCUGUAUAAAUAGACCUUUGUCUCUCUUUCUAAUACUCUCAUGUUAUGUGCAAUGAACAAAGGAUAAAUAGUAAUGUUUGCUCUGCCAGAUCUAUGUGGACUACAUAUCCCAUGAUGCUUAGCCAACUUAAAGCAUUUGAAAUUCCCAUGAUGCUUAGCAGAUCAUUUUGGGGUGCCGAGGUGAUUGCCAUCUCUUUUGUUGCAAGUGUAGAGUUGAACAUUCCGCAGGGCAAGUGGUACGAUAGUGGGGCAACUGGCCAAAGAGACUGGCUGAGCCUCUUGCUGCCCUAGCUGUGAUGAAACCUGUCUAGCAUUAAACCUUAGAUGAUGGAGAUCUCCCUCUCUCUCUAUUUAGGGAUCUUUCCAACAGGUGUCAUUGAAUUAACUUGGAAUUUCUGUCUGUGCCGUAUUGUGUGAGCCUGGUCACUGCUAUCCAUUAUCCAUAUAAGAUUAGAGAUAACAAAAAUCCUCAUUAGUAUGACGGCAAGAGGAUGGCAGCCCUGAGGGACAGCUGAAGGUAUCUAUGGGUAGCUUCACACAUGUGAACGUGUCACUUUGCAGGGUAUCUACAACAAAUGGCAAACACCCCACAAGUGACGAUAAAGUACCCCAAACGUUGGAAGCGUAUCUAGAGAGCAUAGAGGGGUUCCGGUAAGAAAAGGGAGGUUGGAGUUUAUAACGUCUUUACUGCAGAAACAAACCGUGUAGCCGUAUUUGGAACUGCAGAGGAACACCUUCCCGGUGACAGAAUUCUCACCUACUCGUGGGCUGGUGUUACCCUGUUUGACCCGGGAUACCAGUCUACGUGGCCAAAUUCCUAAUAAUCUCUCUACACAUACGUGGCUCCACAUCUGCUGAGUGGGUAUUGCUAUAUAAUAAAGCCAUAACUCAGGUGUAAAAUACCUACAUAUAGAGUAUAUCAGGAAGGGUAGUGUGUAUAUACAGCAAAGACUUGCACGUAUGUGUAUGAAAUCUAUAUACAGGAUAAAUAUAUAUAUAUAUAUAUAGGAGUAGAUAUAACAAGAGGAUGGAUAUACUGUGGACAUACAUGAUUCCAUGUUAACAGCAACUGAUACCCCAAUACAGUCCAUAGAGUGCACUGUCAGGAUUGUUUUAUUGCUGCCAAUACAGAGAGGGCUCCCCCAUUGCAGGACUUGGCUGGGAGAGACAGGAGUGGCAGUCCUCUGCAAUCAGGGUGCAGUCUGUAAAUCUCUGUUGUGCUGAGUUCAAUCGCAAUCUGACAAUGGAGCUGGGAAUGAAAACUCAGGUUUUAUUGAAUAGCCAGCCCGUGUGUCAUCGAUACACCACUAGCCGGUUCCCAUAGGGUCCAACCCAUAUUUAUAGGAAGGGUACACACCCAGUUCCUAGUACCUGACGUGCGCAAUCCGAAGGGACAGGGACCACUUUUACUUUUACCACUUAGUCAUUUCAUUUUUUAAGCCCGAUGCAUUUUUUUAAAAAUGUCUGUUUGUUUGUUUUUUGCCCCCUUUUUUUAAUAAUUUUUUUGCUUCGUUUUGUUCUUGUUUCAAACAGACAAUUUCUACUCCGCUAUUCAGAUUUUGUAUCUAUAGAAAAAAAACAAAAAACUCCUGUAUUUGUAUUAUAACAUUGUGAAAAG